GGAAGAACAUGGCGGGCGUGGUGGGGACUGGAACUGGCCCAGGAGCAGCGAGCGGAGAUGGAGACGAUUCACUGUAUCCGAUCGCCGUUUUAAUCGACGAACUCCGCAAUGAGGAUGUGCAGCUCCGUCUCAACAGUAUUAAGAAGUUAUCAACAAUUGCUCUAGCACUUGGAGUAGAAAGAACUAGAACUGAACUGCUGCCUUUCCUUACGGAUACAAUCUAUGAUGAAGAUGAGGUGCUGCUCGCCCUUGCUGAACAGCUGGGAAAUUUCACUGGUCUUGUGGGAGGUCCUGACUUUGCCCACUGUCUGCUGCCUCCUUUGGAAAGUCUGGCAACUGUGGAGGAGACAGUGGUUCGAGACAAGGCGGUGGAGUCCCUGCGGCAGAUCUCCCAGGAGCACACUCCUGUAGCUCUGGAAGCUCACUUUGUACCUCUGGUGAAACGCUUAGCAAGUGGGGAUUGGUUCACUUCUCGCACAUCUGCAUGUGGCUUGUUCAGCGUUUGCUAUCCCAGGGCUUCCAGUGCUGUCAAGGCAGAAAUUAGACAGUAUUUUCGUUCUCUGUGCUCAGAUGACACACCAAUGGUACGACGUGCUGCUGCUUCCAAAUUGGGUGAAUUUGCAAAGGUUUUGGAAUUAGAAAGUGUGAAAAGUGAAAUUGUUCCAUUGUUCACCAACCUAGCCUCAGAUGAACAGGAUUCAGUGCGCCUGUUGGCUGUGGAAGCUUGUGUUAGUAUUGCCCAGAUACUGGCUCAGGAUGACCUGGAUAGUCUGGUCAUGCCUACACUGCGACAGGCAGCAGAGGAUAAAUCUUGGCGAGUUCGCUAUAUGGUAGCUGACAAAUUUUCAGAGCUCCAGAAAGCUGUGGGUCCUAAAAUCACCCUAAAUGACCUCAUCCCCGCCUUUCAGAAGCUCCUUAAAGACUGUGAAGCUGAAGUCCGUGCAGCUGCUGCCCACAAAGUGAAAGAACUUUGUGAGAACUUACCCACUGAUGGUAGAGAGACCAUAAUUAUGAAUCAGAUUUUGCCAUAUAUCAAGGAAUUAGUUUCUGAUACAAAUCAACAUGUCAAAUCAGCUCUAGCUUCUGUAAUUAUGGGAUUGUCUACCAUUUUGGGCAAAGAUAAUACUGUUGAGCACCUUCUACCUCUUUUUCUAGCUCAGUUAAAGGAUGAGUGUCCUGAAGUACGUUUGAAUAUCAUCUCCAAUCUGGAUUGUGUCAAUGAAGUGAUUGGAAUCCGGCAGCUCUCUCAGUCCCUCCUUCCUGCCAUAGUGGAGCUGGCAGAGGAUGCCAAGUGGAGGGUUCGUCUGGCGAUCAUUGAGUAUAUGCCACUGCUGGCUGGCCAGCUGGGUGUGGAAUUCUUUGAUGAAAAGCUGAAUUCUUUAUGUAUGGCCUGGCUUGUGGACCAUGUGUAUGCAAUCCGAGAAGCUGCCACCAACAACCUCAUGAAGCUGGUUCAGAAGUUUGGUAUAGAGUGGGCCCAAAAUACCAUUGUCCCUAAAGUGUUAGUCAUGGCUGAUGACCCCAACUACUUACACAGAAUGACCACUUUAUUCUGCAUCAAUGCACUGUCUGAAGCCUGUGGUCAAGAAAUAACCACCAAGCAAAUGCUGCCGAUUGUAUUAAAAAUGGCAGGAGAUCAAGUAGCAAAUGUUCGCUUUAAUGUGGCCAAAUCUCUACAGAAAAUUGGACCAAUUCUAGAUACUGAUUCUUUACAGGGGGAAGUUAAGCCAGUACUGCAGAAGUUAGGCCAAGAUGAAGACAUGGAUGUCAAAUACUUUGCACAGGAAGCUAUAAGUGUUCUUGCAUUGGCAUAAUGAGGAAGAGGAGGGAAAAGACUUUGCUAAACUGUUAUCACAGAUUUCUAGUCAAUGUGCUCCUAACCUGAGUGGAGAGAAGUGGAAAACCUUCAAGACCUCAUCCAAGCAAAUGGCAGCAACUUACAAGAAAACAAAUUUCAGUGACUUAAUUCUUUCUAAAGAUGAAAGGGAUUGUUUUAUACUCGUCUUCUUUAGUGGAACAGCUAUUUAAGACGUUCUUACUGUUUCUGACCAAUCCCUGACAUUCGGUGCAGUCCUCUUGAUUGUCUCCUAAUGACUGUCACUAUCUGGGCUCCUCUGUCUCCACUGUUUACUCAGGCCCCAGCCACCUAAUAGUCCUGAAAAAGCCUGCAGAGGUUUGCACCCAGACGUGGAGUGGAGUAUCUUAAUGUUUACAUUUAUCUGUGUGUCUCUCUUAUCAUUCCAACAUGAACUAUACAUAGUUUAGAAUAACUUAUUUUGUAAACUCUCUAUUUGGGAGAUAUUCUGAGAUUUGACCAUAGCGAAAGCGACAUUUUCC